AUGAGGCUCGCUGUACGAUGGUUCCCUCUCUUGUUGUGCUGCUGGGUAGGUAGGGCGGGAGCUGCUGUUGAUUGCGCACCUUCUUCAGGCACCUUCGCGAUCAACAGCCCCGACGACGUCGCUACGCUCAACCAAUGCACGGCCUUUACCGGCAACGUCACCGUCGCAGCGAAGCAAAUCGAAGAUAUCACACUCAAUGGCCUCAAGGCAGUCACUGGAACACUGCAGAUCACUGACGUGGAGGGCGUACUGUCGAUAUCUUCAACGACACUCGAGUCUGUCUCGACUUUGAUCCUCAAAGACCUUCCAAAACUGAUGACUCUGACAUUGCCUGCGCUCAGCAACUUCUCGAAGCUGGACUUUACAGGCCUUACCGCUCUCAAGGGCUGUGAGAUUGCGACUGGAGCCGUCCAACGUGAUGUACACGAAGUCAACAUUGUCAACACCGCUCUUGAGACCAUGGACUGGUUGAAAUGGCCAGUAGCAUCAACAUUGACUAUUGCUGCCAACACGAAGCUCACUGACUUCAAAUUACCAUACGACCGAAUCGCCGCUGGUAGCUCGUACCAGAUCUCGAUAAACUCAGCCUUGACCAAUCUGGACUUCUCCCAAUUGACGGGCAUAUAUGGUAGCCUGAUGAUCAAUGGCAAUAAAGAUUCACAGUUGGGCUUUGACAAGCUAGAGACCAUAGAUGGUUAUGUUCGGCUCAGCGGACCGUUUACGAACAUUACAAUGCCGGCUCUGACGGACAUCAAUGGAGCACUCAGGGCAGAGUCAUCCAAGAACAUUCUCAGUUUCUGUAAUUGGUUGAGUGUUCAGAACCGCCUGUUCGGACAUUAUGACUGCACCGCAAACGGUACAAAUCCGCCCACAGCAUCCAAGACCACAGUAACCACGUCUAGACCGACGUCGGCCGUUACUACAACUAGCGCCUCGGAUGGCGACAACACCAGCUACAACGACGAGUCGAGCCUCUCCACUGGAGUUAUAAUCGGAAUCGCCGUCGCGAUGGUCGUCCUCAUCAGUAUAACUUUGACAGCAUCGGCACUGUUCUUCCGUCGCAGGUCGCGUCACAAGGCACAGGCAACUGCCAUUUCCGAAAAAGGGAAGACUCGCAGUUCUUCGACUUUAGGAGAAGAAACGAAUGCACCGGGCGUACGCUAUGAGCUUGGAGGAAGAAAGUCAGCACGUGAACUGCCUGGAGCAGGGCCAGUGAGAGAACUCGAUGGUGAAAGUUUGCAAGAAGUGGACGAGGGGAGACUGUAUUUUAGGGACCAGAAGCCUGCGUCAGCCAGUCCGAUGGGAAGAUUCGAACUACCAUGA